AUGGAUCAAAACGCUGCCGAGAAGAUUGAAGAAUUUCCAUUGGAAGACUUCAAUUCAAUGAGAGACAAACACAUGGCGGAGAAGCAAAAAAAGAUUGAUAAUUACAUAAUGGAGCUGACCGCAACAAAGAACGAAAAACUCGAUGAAAGUGAGAAUCGCGAAGAAAAUGAUGCGCAGGAAUCGGAGAAGAAGAUGGCAUCGCUUCAGCCGAAUCCAUUGAAGCGCACCAGUCGAAAGUACUUUGAAAAAGUGGAGAUAUCGCAAUCGGAAAAGGAUAAAGGCGACAAUAGUGUAUGGAAUCUUCUAGAUUCGGCUGCUGCCCAAUUGAAAGCUCAUAUUGGAUCGAAGAGACGCUCGCGUUCACGAACCGCUGAUAAAGACGUUGCUAUAAAGAAAGAUGACAAUGAGAGCAAGGAGAAAGCUGAAGACAAGGUCCCUCAAAAUAAGAAUCGUCCAAAACGUUCUCGUCGAUCUGAAGUCGAUCGUCUUCUUCGAAUGGAUUUCGGACCAAAGGAAGGUGGAACACUGCAAGAACUCGAAGCCGCCAAAGGGCAAUUGUCGAUGGUCCCACGUCGUGCCUCGCUGCCCGACAAAAGGCUGACGCCGAUAAAAGUUGAGCGUAGGAGUGGCGAAAAUUCGGCUCGAAAACGUCGUGCUCCGCGUCGUUUCGCCAUCGACGACGAUGACGAGUCGACGGCGAAAAAGAAGAAGACUCAAGAAGUGCAAAAAGCAGACGUUGCCGUCAAUCAACCGGACGAGCCAAAACCGGCGGCGGAAGAGAAGAAAUCGGUGUCCGUCGAGGAAACCGUCCCAGUUUCCGAGGAAGAACUGAUUGCCGCUAAGACCGCUCGUCCAGUGAUUGUGAAGAAGCCACCAACUGUUGAAUUAGUGGACCUGGAAAAGGAGGAAAUGAUGCGAAUGUUGGAGGAUGUAGCGGAAACUGUCGAAGAUCUUGUUCUUUUCGUCGAAAAUGAAAUCGAGCCGCUGAUGACGCCGUAUGAUCAAGUAAGAAUGCGACAUUUGCUUGACCAAGAGCCCUCAACAAGCAACGGCCGAAGAGCGAAUGAGGAGCCAUACGUGCCAAGCACUACCAUUGAGAUGAAGGCAAUCACAUUUGUUCCAGAAGGUGCGGGUCCAGAUUUUAACACCUGGACGGUUAAGCAAGUCCACGAUUGGGUUCUUUACCUCACUAAUUCAAAACGCGUCGCCGACAUAUUCCUCGACGAGCUGAUUGACGGUUCAAUUUUCCCAAUAUUGUCGUCAGACGAGGCGAAAAACGAUCUGAAAUUGCCAUUCGGACCGCGCGUCAAGAUUAUCGCCGGAAUUCAAGCGUUGCAAAGAGUGCGCGACGAUCGAUUGCGUCGAGGAAAUUGA